AUGCUGUCCGGCCUGUCCUCCAAUUUAACGAGUGCGCGUCAGACGCUGACGCAGGUCCUCAACUUCGCGCUGGUGCUAUCCACGGCAUUCAUGCUAUGGAAGGGCCUGUCGAUCGCGACAGCGUCCAGUUCUCCCAUCGUCGUGGUCCUUUCAGGAUCCAUGGAACCCGCUUUCCAAAGAGGCGAUCUUCUCUUCCUGUGGAACCGCAGCCCCCGCGCCGAGCUGGGUGAGGUCGUGGUGUACAAUGUCAAGGGCAAGGAUAUUCCGAUCGUGCAUCGCGUUGUGAGGACGUUCCCGGAGGUGGACAGCAAAACGAAGAGGGUCGUGGAGCCUUCAGACUCUUCCGCGCCUUCAAACGACAUGCUCCUCACCAAGGGCGAUAACAACAUCGCCGACGAUACCGAACUGUAUGCGAGGGGCCAGGACUACUUGGACCGUCGGGAGGAUAUUGUCGGGAGUGUGCGCGGGUAUAUACCCAGCGUGGGCUACGUGACGAUCAUGCUCAGCGAACACCCCUGUCAAAAGAGAAUCGCAAAAGAAUUGGCCGAGCUCGUCGAAUCGCCCCCGGAAGGCAUCAAAGUGGAAUUGGCAGACGAAUCCGAUCUCUACCAGUGGAAUGUCUACAUGGAAGGGCCAGAGGGGUCUUCAUUCCAGAAUGGAAACUUCCUCGUCAAGCUGAAACUCCCCACCGAGUACCCGUUCAAGCCGCCCGCCGUAUCGUUCGGAACCAAGAUCUACCACCCCAACGUGACGAACGAUGACAAGGGGAGCAUGUGUCUGGGGAUGCUGCGACCCGACGAGUGGAAGCCGAGCUCGAAGAUCGCUGCCGUGCUGCAGUUCGCGCGACAACUGCUUGUGGAGCCCAUGCCGGAUGAUGCGGUGGAGGGCCGCAUCGCGGAGCAGUACAAGAAUGACCGCGCCCGGUAUGAUGAGCUUGCGAAGGAGUGGACGAGAAAGUACGCGAUGGCGUAG